UCAAAAGGCAACGACAGCACACCCGUAAAGGCUAGCAAGGCAACGUAAGUAUACUGCUAUUAAUUCAAGCUGCUUUUGCUAAUCAUCCUUCUCCCUCCAUUCAUCCAGAUCGUGCAAUGAAUGCCGUCGACUAAAGCUGCGAUGCAGUAAAACGUGGCCAUGCGAUAUGUGUGUCAAAAGGAGGCUGGCACACCUAUGUCCAGACGGCGUUCAAAAGCGUGAUCGGCCCAAAUCAAUGCCUUCGAAAGGUCAACAAGCAAAUGGAACAGCUAGCACAUCUUACGAGCAAACUUCGUUCAACUCUAUAGAUGGUACUGAUGCAAAUCAAGCAAUGUGGACCAGAUUGUCUAGCGUAGAACAGAAGCUAGACCUUCUUUUAGCCGAUCGAGGAUUACAGCCUACAUCAUCUCGUCAAACCAGCUCUGGCUUGCAUGAUCUGGCUAAUAUAGCUUCAGAUUACAGUCGUAUAGCAAAAGAGACAUCCUCUCCCGGACAGGGACAAGGCCAAUUGGCAGUACAUGCAGAUGGUCGAUCUUCGUACGUCGGUCCACAUGCUCAUUCGGUCUACUUGACCAAAGAAGGUUUAACGUCUUCAUCGCGUGCCGUUUCUCCCACUCAAUUGCCCUCUCAAUCACGACCAGGCUCACCAACACCGGUCGACUUUGAUGCGAUCGGCCAAAAGAAGCGAAAUGAUGACGACACAUCACCCUUCGACACACUUACCCCAUCCAACUCCGAAUCUUUCUCUUCUCUCAUGGCUUGGGCAACUCCUGGCUUUCGAUCUCCGCAUUCUUCCGUUGCCAUUUGGAAUCACUUAUCGCCCAUGCUUCCCGACAUAACGACAGCAAGUCGUCUUGUGAAUGUCUAUUAUGCAUCUGUUGGGUUCAUGCACGACUUCAUUCCUCGUGAAGAAUUUGAUAAAGAGAUAUGGCCAAUCUUCUACAGCAAUGGAAAUAAGACUACACAACCGCCUGCAAAGUUUCAAGCUCACAAGAUGGCGCUGCUUUUCGCAAUAUUGGCUUUGGGCGUGCUUCUGGAUGUCAGUAGACCACAACGUGAUCCUGCUGGAAGAGCGCUCUAUUCAUGUGCUUGGAACGCUCUCGUUUUGACGAAUUUUACCGAAUCGACCAGUCUGGAUGCAAUGUUGGCUUUGGUUCAUGUGGCUCUCUACCUGACUUGGCGUAGAGCAGGCAGAUAUGCGGAAAGUGCUUGGCCUUUGUUCGGACUGAUGUCAAGCAUGAUGGUUCGUUCUGGCUUGCAUAGAGAUCCAGCCCACUUUGACAUAAGUGAUGCCGACCGGGAGAAGCGCAGGCAAGUGUUUUGGGAUCUGCACGGGGUUGAAACACUCCGAUCUCUAGGAUUCUGUAGGCCGCCUGCCAUUCUUGAUCGACAUGUUGAUACACGCCUUCCUUCCAAAUGGAAGCUAGACGACGAAGAGGAAGGAGCAUCUGCCUUUUUCGCAGCAAAGAGCAUGCAAACGAGACUGAUAAAUCGUGUCCUGGACGAUUGCCUGUGUGCCACAUCUUCGUACUCAUUGACGAUGAAGUACGAUGAAAAGAUUCAAGCAUUGCAUCGUGCUUAUCCUGAUUGGAUGAAGCCGACAAUACUACCGCUAGCGAGAAGGUCAAAAACAGGCAAUGAAACGAUGGAGGAAACAUACAUUGAUUCAGCAUCACGCGAAAAGAUGCUAUUCACCAUGCGAUCCCAUCUUACGUUCCUCAAUAACCAUCAAAUCCGCUUACUUCUACAUCGAGGUUGGUUCAGUGAGGCAUUGCAACAAUCGUCAGAGACAGGCUCAAACGGACAAGAGGAUGGCAUCGAACCCGGUCUGAAUCCCAAACGGUUUCAAGCGAGCGUUGAUGCAGUCAAUCAGAGUGCAUCAAAGAUUGUUGAAUUGGUCAUAUCUGCUUGGUCACAUUAUCCUUCUUUGGUACUCAGGUGGACUUUCUUUUGGAACGCAAUCUUUUCAGCAGCUGUUUGUCGUGGCUUGUUUGCUGUGAAGAAGCGUAAAGGUGCUGAAGCUCAUUCUGCUUGGCGUGAUUUGAGAGCCGCAAUUGCACUUUUGCGUCUGGCUGUUGAUGGUUGGAGACCACUCGAAUCUCCUUUGGGAAUUUUGUUGCGUUUGGAUAAACGAGCAGAGAUGGCACUCGGUAGCGCUGCAGGAAAGAGCAGUGAAGAGGUGAAAGGCGAAAUGGGCGAUAGCGCUGGUGACGUUGUUCAUGAUCAUGCACAAGCAGCAGCUCAAGCUGCAGAUGCCGCAAGAGCGGCAAAUUUAUCGGGCGAGGAUUUGAAUUUGAUAGGCGAUGCAAAACGACGAUCCUCUAAAUCUUCCUCAAAGCACGGUCUUGAUUCGCCAUCCACCAGUUCUACAAAACGAGGAGCAAACGGAAGGCCGGACAAAAGAGUACGUAUUCAAGAAAAGGUGGAACAAGGUACGCCAAACCCUACUUCCUUCGAUCCUAGCUCGAUUCAAUCCACUUUUACCUCUCUCGCCACACCUUUUGAUGGCCUUCAAUCUUCUGCUGGGAACGGAUUUGACUUUUCAUUAUUUUCUCCGCAUGAUCUCACCAUGCCAGCCUCUUUGCCAGGAUUUAUGGUCGGAGGAACGGCUGGUAAUGCGAAUGAUGACGUAUUACCUGUCUCUUCAACAGUUUUACCUGGCGUUUCCGAAAUGAUGCCUUUGCCAAGCAUCAACCCUGACGGCACUUCAUCCACAGAUACAAACGCAUUCGGAUCAUCUUCUAAUGCAACUCAAUUAAUUCAAAUGUUGAGCGCAGGCGUAGGUUGGGAUGAUAUUUCAAGUUGGGAUAAUGCAAUUUUUGAUUUGUAAUUUUAUGCUGUAUGUAAAUUUGUAUCAUCAUUUUUUCUCACACGUUGUGUGCGUUUCGGAUAAGCAAAUAUAUUAACGAAUGAG